AUGUCUGUGGAUGAUAAAUACCACAAAGAUGAACUCGAAUUACAACAUAUGGUGACGAAUGAGCACCAACAAGAAACUGUCGUAGAGAUGACUGUACAGCAACGUCGAUUGAAGACAAUUUCUUCAAAGACACAUGGUGUUUCUAAAACAAAAAUCAAAAUUGUUUAUGCAGGGUUAUUACUUCUGUUCAUCGUUAGUGGUGGCAUUAUAGCUUUGAACUAUUAUCGGACAGCACAAGGCAGUGAUGUCAAUAUUGUGAGAGAACAAGAUGAAACAAAGAUGGUGCAUGAUUGGGAAAAUGGAGAGAAUAUAGUGAUGGACAAUAAAAUGUCAGAAAUGAAAACAUCACAACAACUUGAACAAUUGGAUGAAGAUGACAAUGUUGAAAACAAAAGUGAACGACUUCCUCAACUACGAUCAUACGUUCACCGGGAUAGAUCUAGUUCAUCUAAAAGUAUUGGCCAUAUGAAUACUUAUAUUCGUUCAAAGGAUCGUCGUGAUGGUGGUAGACGAUCGUAUCAACGAUUUCGUUUUCCUGUUGCUCGAUAUAGUCGUCGUGACAUGCCUUUUAAGGGUCCCUUUGUUUCGUUCAUGCCCUGGACUCCAAUCGUUGCCGAUCGAUCCACAAAACAAACAAUUAUUUAUUCAAAAACAGAAGUCUAUGUUAUACCUCCAUUGAUUAAUACCUAUGGUGAUUCAUACUCGAUUGCAGAGCUCAUGGCUUCUAAAGAUGCGAGCUUAUACCGUAAUGGUGGUCCACUGGUUGAUCCUAUUCAUAUGAAUCGUUUUUUCCAAAGACAAUCCUUAACCGGUCCAAAUAUUCCAAUGAUCAACUCUAGACAUGGUGGUUUUAAGGGUGGUGUUCGCACUAAUCUUGGUUCAUUCUCGAUUUCCAAACCGUAUGAGACACGAUCUAAUAUAGAUUCUGCAUAUGAAUCGGAAGAAAAAGAAGACAAAAAAGAAUCAUCAGAAGAACAAGAACAAGAAAACAAAUAUCAACCUGCUUCGAAUGUGAACAAUUAUUAUUAUAAAAGACCACGUAAUAUAUUUGAGGCAGUUGAAUCAGAUUUUGAAUCAAAAUAG